AUGGCGCAGACAGCUCUAAAGACGUGUGAAAUUUGUGUAAGUUCCGCUGGAACAAACUACUGCACCACAUGUGAACAAAUUUUCUGUGAUAACUGCAAAGCUAUGCACAACAGACAAAAGAUUUCCAAAGAUCACAAAUUCAAAGACAGUGUAAGCGUUGUACAGGGUAUCAAAACAACAACAUCUAAGUGUAAAGAGCACAAGGAAGACACUAUUUUUGUCUGUAAUGACUGCUAUGUGUCAGUAUGUUCAAAAUGCAUUACAGGAAAACACAACGGACAUAAAUUGUCUGAUAUUGACGAGUCAGUGUCAGGUCUAUCUAAAGUAACAAGAACUGAAAUCCGUUCAAUAUUAGAUGCAGCAGCUAGUAAUGUAACAGUUGUAGAAAAAAGCCUAAAGAAAUUUGAUUCGGAAGUACAAGCGUCUGUUAAAGGAAUCGAAGAACAUGGCAGCAAAUUGAAAAAAAUGAUUGAACGGGAAGUCGACGAAAUGGUAGUUUCUACCAAAAAGAAAGCCAAUUCAGAGAGAGAACGGUUGAGAAAGAUUCUUACAGAUGUCAAAACUGUUCUUGAAAAGGCAUCAGUUUUAGAACACAAACAGAAUGAAUUACAGAAAACCAAAAACGAUUCUUCAACUUUACUUUCGAAGCUUUUUAUUCUAACUGGGGAAAUUGAGAAACUUCAAACAAUUCACUUUGUAACAGGUCCAACCAGUUCAUACACACCAGGCGUAACAACAAAUAAACAUUUAACUCAACUUCUCGGAAAACAUGAUUUUAGGCAAGUAUAUCGUAUUUAUUUUGAAAUGCCAAUAAUGGUUAAAACCAAAACAAAACAUAAAGUUUUCAAGCGUUGUGGUUUUAUCGUUGAUCAUCAUUGA